UGAGGAGAAGGCGUUAUACAGCGCUACGUACGACCUCUGAAGGUACUUGUCCCCUGUUUUGGUGUCGGCGACAUCAAAGCUUGGCAAUACCUCCCUGUAUCAUACCUUAAUUUUACUCAAAGAAUACAUUGCCCUCCCUUUUUUGGGAUCGGUACUAACAUUUCUGUGAUCCUGUGUAGUCCUCAACCGGCUCACUACUCAGGUCGAUUCUCUUUAUUCAUUUUCUUAUUCUCUUUGUUGUCACCGGGUUCAAAAAAUUGGUUGUCUCGUAUGCGUUUGAUGUAGGGAACAGAGAUUCUCUGUAGGGAACACUUUGUCUUGAAGAAACAACCAAAACCACGAGUCCUUGGAAAAUUCCAGUAUACUCAUUCGCAAGAUAGUCAAGAUUACGCAUUUCAGUAAUUACAGAUGGAGAGGCAGUAAAUAAAUAGGAAGUAGCUAAAACAGUUUCCCAAGAUGUCCAAAGUGCGAAAGCUGUCAAUUCGCGGGAUCAGGAAUUUCUCCGACGUCGAGGAGUCGACAUUACAAUUCAGCUGUCCUCUGACCCUGAUAACUGGUCUCAAUGGAGUUGGAAAGACAACAGUGAUCGAGUGUCUCCGAUACAUCACCACAGGAGAACUCCCCCCGAAUUCAGACAAGGGUAAGGCUUUUGUUCAUGAUCCCAUGCUGAAGAAACAAGCCUCAGUGCAGGUGCGGGGCUGUGUCAGGGCGCAAUUCGAUGAUCGCGAGGGGAAGACCAUCACCGUCACGAGGACAAUGGAGUGCUCUCGCUACAAAAAUCAAUCUAGAUUCAAAACACUUGACGGUGCUGUGGUAGUCUACAAUCCCAAGACUAAAAAGGAAACUCAGCUGACGAAUCGUUGUGCUGAUCUCGACGUAGAGGUCAUGCAUGCUUUGGGUGUAUCCAAAGCAAUACUGAAUCACGUGAUUUUCUGUCAUCAAGACGAUGCAAAUUGGCCUCUGGAUGAGAACAAGGUGAUUAAAGAACGCUUCGAUGCCAUCCUGGAGACAACCAACUACAAUAAAGCUCUGGAGACCCUUCGAAAGCUCGCGAAGACGAAGGGAGCGAUGUUGAAGGUCUAUCAGGUCGAGGAACAGAGGCUUGCAGACAGGGUUGCUGAUAUGGAAGCCAAGGAGGCGAAGCUGGCGGAUUUUAAAAAGAGGAGGAAUGAAAUAAUUGAAAGAAUGAAGAGAAUGAACUCACAGGUGGAGCCCGUCAAGGAGCGACUGGAGCAAAUUAGGAGUAUCGAGGCUGAGUUCCAGAGGCUUAAAGCUGAGGAUGAGAUGGAUAAAGUCUCGCACAAUAUGGCUUACGAGCAGUGCGAGUCUCUGCAGCUAAGGGUGAAGGAAAUUUAUGAGGGGAGUGAUGAUGAUUUGUGGAAGGCGAUCAACUCGUAUGACAGCGGGCUUGAGGCGAAAAAUUGGAAGAUCGGGGUUGUCGAAAGGGAGAUCAAAGAGUUGCUGAAGAAUGAGCAGAAUUUGGUGAAGACCCUCGGAGACCAUAGAGUACUGAUGGGAACUCUCAAGCAACAGGUCGAGGACCAGAAAAAAAAGACGAACGAGAGGAACCAGGUGCUCAAUUCAGCAUUGACGAUGUGGGGCUUGGAUACUCUUCGAGGGUUUGAAGAUGUUAAUGAGAUUCAGAAAGCUGUUGAGGAGGUGGAGGUCAAGACACAGAAGUUUGAAAGAUCUAUCAGUAAUAAACGAUUGGAGCAGAAUCAGCAGGAGAACGGUUUGGAGAAGAUAGUGGAUGCUGCUCGAGAUAAGAGAUCAAAGAUUAAUUCAGAGUUGAAGAGGAGUGAGGAGGAGGCAGAGGAAAUCAGGAGCAGUAUUUAUGAUGCUAGAUUAAAGAUUGGACAGGGUAAUGAUUCUGAGAAACAACUUGAUGCCGUUGACGUGAAACUCGUGCAAAUUGAUCAGGAGAUUGAAGAGAUGAAUGAGCUGAUGAAGUCUGAGGAUGUUGAUGGCAAGAUCGCCAUGGAGACUAGUAACUUUGAACGGAUUGAGGAGGAAUUUACGAAACUAGAUGAGGAGAUGACUCUUAUUCAAAAUCAGAGUGCAUUGAAUGCGAAAUUGGAAUCUCUGAAAGCCAAUUUCCAGGCGAAGAGCAAAGAUAUUGAACAACUCAAAUCGAAACACGAAGUUAAUAUCAAGAAAUUGUUAAAGCAGAAUGAAAUACCGGAAUUCAACCUCAAAGAGGCAGUCGAGGAGGCGCAGAAGGUCCUGUCGGAGAGACUGGAGAUAGUGUCUACAGAAAUAAAAAAAAAGGAGUACGAACUGAUGACUUUAGAGACAGCCUUAACUCAUGCCAAGCAGGAAUUAAAAGCUAAGAUUGCUAAUAAUGACUAUGAGCAGGAGAAGGUUAUGGUUUACUGCGAAGAUUAUAACAGCUACCCGGAAGUCCUGGAGAAUCAACAGAAGAAGUUGAAAGAACUGCAAGAUGAGAGAGGGAUAAUUGCCUUCCAGGGUUCAGCCUACAACACUUAUAUCCGGGAGUUGAAUACGAAUUCAUGGUGCGGCUUGUGUGAGAGGCAUUUUGAUGCACAAUUAGAUAGCAGAAAGCUUAUGAGAAAGCUGGAGAGCGGGAUUGCGAAUAAUCCAGACCUCCUAAAGAGGUGUGAAAGGAAAUUGAAGAUUGAACAAGAAAACUACAACACUCUUCUCUCCUUGAAAUCUACAGUAGAAGCCAUCACCAAGUUCGAGUUAAUGGAGAAGGCGAAUAUGACGAAGAAGAUUAAGCUGAAGGAGCUUGAGGUUUCAGAGCUGAAGGGAAAAAUAGAAGAACUGAAAGAAUCGAAGCUCGAGCCCGAGAGGAGCAUUGAAAUGGUUAAAUCCAUGAUUCCAGAUUUGUCUAUUUGGGAUCGUUACUCCCAGGACCUCAUGGGAAUCGAUAUGGCCAUGGACGAGCUACGGGAGGAGAUGUCAACCAAAGGAUGCACUAGUGAUAAAACGAUGGAGGAGAUACAAACAGAGAGAGAGGCCCUCAAAAAAUCUAUAAAGGUGACACGAGACAAGAUCGAUGAACUAAGAUCAAUCCUCGACAGCCGAAAGGAACAGCUUCGCAGGGCAACUGAGAAGAGAACCAAGUGCCUUGAGGAACAGCUACGUAUCCACAAUGAGGCUCAGCAACUGCGAAAACUGAAGAACGACCUGAACGAUAUGAUUAUCAAAGAGAAGAAUUUGCGAUCAUCAAUCCAAACUUUACGCCAGCAGUUGAUAACCGCCGAGGAAGAGCGUACUCAAGCUAUCAGGGAAUUGGACGAAUUGAAGUGCAAAAAUCGAGAGGAACAGGAAAAUGAUAGGAAGCAGAUGAAGAAUUACGAGAAGCAGUGGGACACUCUGAAUUCCCUUCAAAUGGAGAUAACCCUUUUAGUCUCUAAAAAUGUAAAGAAUCAAUUGCAGAAGCUGGAGUCAGAAGUGAAACGCUAUCAAGAGGUGUACGAGGAAGAUCAGUCGAAGAGAUCGAAAAAGGAGAGCGAAUUGAUUCAGAUAAAAGAGGAUAUCUCGUGUUACGAGACGAAGCAGAGAAAUCUAACGGACAAUGUUGAGCUCAGGAAGUAUCAGAGGGCUCUUAGAGAUCUCGAAGACGCUAGCAAGCAGCGGAAAAUGAAGAUCAAUCGGCUGCAGUACGACCAGGUGAUUAAAGAACAGAGGAAACUAUUCGAUGAACUUCAGGAAGCUGAGGGAGAAGUCAACAAGGCUUCUGGAAUUCGAGGAGAGAUUGAAAAGAAUAUCGAUCAGCUGACUGCGGAACUGAAUACCCAAGAGUGCAGAACAGCUCGAACAGUCCAUCGAAGUAAGAGUUUCGAAGUAAUCGUUACCACACAAGCGAUUAACGAUGUCAUGACGUAUACGAGAGUGUUGGACAGGGCGACAGCGGAGUUCCACGAGGAGCGGCUCAAUAAGAUCAACUCAGCCAUGAAGAAGCUGUGGAAAUUGAUUUAUUCGGGGAAUGACACUAAGUCCAUUCAGAUCAGGGCUGAGGCGACUUCGACGACUGGAGCCACCGAGAGGAGACAGUUCAACUACAAAUUGGUGCAGGUAAAGCACGGAAUCGAGAUGGAGAUGAGGGGACGCUGUAGUGCUGGUCAAAGGGUCCUUGCCUCCAUCAUCCUGCGAUUGGCUCUGGCUCAGACUCUUUCUCAACAGUGUGGCAUCCUUGCUCUCGACGAACCAACCACUAAUUUGGAUUCUAUCAAUUCUGCCAAACUUGCUGAUGCCCUGUACAGAUACGUCACCUACAGGGCCCAGUACGAGAAGAACUUUCAGCUGAUUGUUAUUACUCACGAUGAGGAGUUUAUUAGAAAUCUCAAUGAACUUGGCUCGCAGCACUCUGCGCAGGAACUCUACAGGAAGGAUAAUGGAUUGACGAGUGUCAGGUUGUCUACACUAACCAAGAGUGAGGGUGCGCUUGAAAGCGAUCAGUCGGAAUCUGAGAACGAUCCUGCGACACAAUCGAGCUCCAGGAAGAGGGCACAUCCUGGUGAUGGACCCACUGCCAAGAAGAAUAAACCUUUCAAAUUCGACCUCAAUUUUUGAAAUGUAAAGAUCUCGAGAUUCCUACCUCGAUAUUCUUGUUCUUUUAUUUGUUCAGAAAUUUAUAUAUUUAUAGAAAGAACGCUGGGCGCCAGUGGGCAUUAUUUUUUCGAGUAGAAAAGAAAUGUCUGGUUUUUACCAGUUAUUAAGUGGAGAAAUUACAAAAUCUGUUCGUUUAAUUUGGUAAAAACCUUUUUUUUUGUAUUUUUUCGUUUUUAUCUCAUGUGGAGUAAAUAAAUAUCAUUGUCAGU